UAUUGCACUUCGUGUUUUUUGCGACUCGCAUUUGAGUCUCUUGUUUCUAAUCCUCAUCACGUACUUGAUUUUCCUCAAUUUUUAAUAGCCAGCGUGAAAUGUGAAGCACCCAUUAUAGCCACUGCUAUUGACCUCACACUUUCCCUCUUAUAUUAACAAAGCCUUUGGAUCACGCUGAGAGCUUGAUUGUAUAAAACUCGUUUUUCUUUCUCUAUCUUUUUCUAUUCCAUCGAAAAGUAAACCCUUUGAAAGGAUGAGAAUUUCCCUUUAUUUUUGUUAAUCUGCAAAGCGAGUAACUAGGAUCAAUUUCAAUUUUCUGCUUGAUGAAGGUAUGUUAUUUCGUUUGCGCGUCCUUUAUGGCUCAAAUAACUAGCUUCUACACUGAAUCUUUCUAUUUACCAAGGGUAUUAUUUCUUUUAUCAAUUACGACACUCCGCGUACCUCCCCGUGCCAAAACUUUCCAUAAAUUUACUUGUUCAGCUUGACUAUCCCAUGUUUAUUUAAAGGAGGCGUCACAUACUGGCUAAAUAGUGCUUUUGCUACUGUUUACGCUCACAGCUUUUCCUUGACUUAUGUCACUUUCGGAGCUGAAUUUGAUUGCAUCUGAGCUGAAUUUGAUUGCACGCUUGUCUCUUGUGCAGCGCCCGUUGUAUUUUGGCGGUAAAGUAGUUCAAGGCAAGCAUUUAAUGCUGUAAAGCUUGAUUUACAGAGCUAAUAUCCGCAUUACGUUGUGAAAUUUAUUCUACACUAUUGUACCUUCAAUCGCUUAUUUUGGCAAUUUUGAUUGAAAAAAGUACAUCCUUUUUUAGCGUUUUCAUAGCUUGUUUGCUUUUAGUAUAGGAGAUCUCAUCUGCAUCUACACUGUCCAUUUGGACCCCGAUUACUUUUCUUGUGUCCUUAUCAGCCGCCGAUACCCCAAGAAACCGUUAACACAACGUUUAAAGCAAAAUAUUACUUUUGUAUUGUGUAUUUUUCUAGUUCGGAAAUUCCCUAGUCAUAACUAAUUGUCUUUGCUGUGAAUGCGAAGCCCGAAAAUAAUGUUUAACAAAAAUAUCCGCUUGGAACAUUCGUGUCGUUUUGCAGUUUUCUCAGGAGCGACUGUAUUUGUUUUUGCUCUACAAAGGGAAAUUAUGUUUGUCAGUUUUCUUUAUUAAGAUGGUCACAUACUCCCAUUGUGAUUUUCAGUCCUAGGUAUAUUGGAUUUCCCUCGCACGCAAGUAGUCUGCAUUGAAUUACUUUAGCUAAUGUAAUUUGCCGUGUGAAUAAAAACAAUGAUGAUAAGUUCGUAUCCAUUUUGCGUCGACGACCUGACAGAUAAUGCACAUUCAAAGCAAAACGAGUUUUCUUCUAUAAUCUGUACUUCCCUGGUGGUGUAGCCAUCGGUUACGAUAUCAUUUCUCUUGAGCGUACCAGCCAAUCAGAAUGCGCGCUCUUAAAACCCACAGCUAUGACGUCAAUGGCGUGUGAUUGGUUGAAGCUCGCUUUGUUGCUUUUGCGCCAAUAUACAAGCAGCGCCCGUUGAAAUUAAAAUCAUUUAGGAUUAAUAUAUUUAUCGGAGCCUCGAAGUCGGUUUCAUGGAUAACAGCUCUAUAAUAACCAUCAAGCCCGUACGGUAGACUCAGAUCACUUCGACCCGCGAGCUUAAUGCAUCUAAGCCAAGACCCUUUGGUAAAGCACUCUUUGGCGCAAGAAAGGCGCAAUAUUGGACCAGGUGCGCUAUGAAAUCAGCACAACCAGGUAAUUCGUGAACAGCCUUUCAAAUUGAAGGGAAGUGCCGACACGUCGUUGAUAUAAAGAGUACCAGGUCAAGGCUUGUUGAGUCUUUUUCUCUCUCGUCAUGAAUGCGACUGUGAACUCUUCGGCUCAACUGCCGCCCUCUGGAGAAGCUGGGCUAUUUAAUCCAGCGUUCGACGGAGCGCUGAUAGUGCUUAGUAUGCUGAUCGUCGGCGUGAACUCUAUCGUGAUCUACCUUUUCUUCACGCGAGAGUACCUGCAAACUAAAACCAAUAGCCUCCUGGUCAGCCUUUCCAUCAGUGAUCUGAUGGUGGGGGUACUUGGCAUCCCUUUGAAUAUCAGCUGCAAUGCCCUGAUGUUACAAAGGAACAGUCAAGUAUGCGCCGCAGGUACUAUUUUAUACCGUCUGCAAGGAGUCUCCGAGAUGACCCAUAUUUUCGCCACCACACUUGAACGAUAUAUAUACGUUAUGUUUCCCAUGAAGUAUAUACACAUCGUGACCGCCGCAAGAGUGCUUUAUUUGGUGUCCGGAGUUUGGUUGAUAUCGCUUUUCGUCGCGCUCAUACCCCUUGCCUGGCAAAACCCCAACGAGUACUUCGUAGAAACGCCGUCUAAGAACCGCCUCCUGUACGCUGCAAUCUAUAACGUUUUCGGCGCCGUGUUCUUUUUUCUCCUUCCCUUGGUGAUCAUGAUGAUAAGCUAUGCUCGCAUGUUUGUGGUCGUCCAUCGGCAAAUCAAAGAAAUACGGAUGCAGAACUAUCCAAGAUCGUCAUCACAACGCCCGCCAGUCGCCACUGAAGCGCGCGCCAUCUCGAUCUUCGCGCUUAUGCUGUCUGUGUUCACCGUUUGCUGGUCCUCCUGGUACAUAAUGGCUAUAAUGUUUUACACCGGCCAUCACGCCAUGUUACCGUAUGAGCUCCUAGACGCUCUUGACUUUCUCCGUUUUGCUGUGGCGUUUGUUAACCCGAUACUGUACACGUUUUUGAAGCGCGAUUUUUCCCGCGCGCUUCGCUCGCUUGUGCGGCGCGAGGGGGUCCGGCCGGGAGAAUUCAUGUCGUCGACGAGAUUGCGCUCAAUGGCAUCUGCUUUGCAAACACGCACCUCGACAUCCUACGGCGAGGAAAAUCCAAUCUCUGGAAAUGGAAGCUCAACAUGAAUUAGACUAUCGCUUACACGCGUCAACAAAAUGUCACCACUGAUCUCAAGUGGUGAAACGUGCAGGAGUCCUAUUGACAAACAUUUCGCGGAGUUACAAUUUUCGCUAGCUGCUCUUUUGGCUCCGAAAUAUUCCUCAUUACGCUAUAAACAUCGAGGUAUUUGGUACAUUUGAGAUCUUUACCAUGAACAAUGCUAAGUGACAGGAACUUAUUUCCCAAAGAACAAGUGGAG